AUGGCGGACCAAAGCAGCAUGGGCGACAAGUCUGUGAGUCUUGGCGCGGUGAACAGCAUUACUAGCACUGCCGAGCUGGACACGAACCAAUAUGGCCACCUCACGCUGUGGCAAUCCAUCAAAAAGUGGCGUCGCGUCGUUCUUUACUGUAUUGGCAUGACUUCCGCCAUCUUGCUAUACGGCUACGACUAUGUCAUUGUCGGUACCGUGUCGGCCAUGCCUAGUUUUCAGCGAGAUUUCGGCCAGAAGCUUAAUGACAAGUGGAUUCUACCAUCUCUCUGGCUCGGUCUCUGGAACUUUGUUAGUCCUGGAUGCUCCAUGGUUGGGGCCCUGGUUGGAGGCAUAUUCCAGGACCGCUUCGGUCGCCGUGCCUCACUUGCUGUUGGCUCCUUCUUGUCAGCUGUGGGCGUCGCUGUUUGCUUCAUUUCUAACCUGUCUCCCGAUAUCAACGAACGUCGCGGUAUUUUCCUUGCUGGCAAGGGCUUUCAGGGAGGAGCUAUUGGCAUGGUCAUGGCAACUAGCCAAACAUACAUGUCAGAGAUCCUUCCACCAAAUUUGAGAGGACCACUGCUUGCAUUUUUCCCCAUCUUCACCCUUUUGGGCCAACUCAUUGGGGCCGCUGUUAUUUUCGCCUGUCUCAAUCUGACGAAUGGAUACACCAUCUGCUUCGCAUCACAGUGGCCCUUCUCAGCCAUUCCUCUGCUGAUGGCCUUCAUCAUACCCGAGAGCCCGACUUAUCUCAUCCGCAGAAAUCAGGACGACAAAGCCUACAAGGCGCAGAAGAGAUUGGCUGCCCCGGGAGUGGAGCCAGAGACGACGCUCGAUAUCAUCCGGCAGAAUAUUGAGCAUGAACGCCGGCAGACUAACGCGACAUACAUCGACUCCUUCCGUGGGGUGAACCUUCGGCGCACAUUGAUUGUUAUGUUUGCGAAUUCCCUGCCCAACUUUUUCGGCUUAACUCUGCUCUCAAAGUCCAGUUACUUUGUGCAAGUAGUUGGCAUGAAGGCCAAUCUAAGCGUGAUCGUACUCAUCUUGGGACUUGUCUGCGGUUUGAUUGCCAAUAUCGCAAGUGUUUGGAUCCUCUCCAAGAUAGGUCGCAGAAAACUUAUCACCAGCACUCUGGCAGUCUUGACCGUGAUAUGGACCGCCAUGGGCAUUGCCGGGUGCUUUUCGGGCCCUGUGACCGUUUGGUAUACUGCCAUGUCACUGAUAGCCGUUGUUAUCGUGGCAGGUCUGGGUGUCUGGCCUGCCUCGCACGUCGUCGGUGCCGAAACCUCAGCACUACACUUGCGUUCCAAAGCCCAAGGUAUUGGCUGGUUCACGGCCGGUGCAAACAAUUCCAUCUUCGGGUUUGUACUGCCAUACAUUUUCAACCCCGAUAAAGGCAACCUUAAAGCCAAGACCGGUUUCGUGUACGCGGGACUCUGUGCUCUCGGACUUGUCGUUUCUUUUCUUUGUAUCCCUGAAAUGAAGGGACGAACGCCAGCAGAGAUCGAUCGCAUGUUUGAGUCAAAGCUUCCGGCACGGAAAUUCCGCCACUGGGUCAACUCGGCAGCAGAUGCCGAACAGAAGAGUGUGUCGAGAGUAUAG